ACUAAACAAGUGUCACCACUGUCAUUUGUCAGCUGUCAAAUUAUUUUUACAUAACAUCAAAUUUUCGAAAAAUUUAGCCCAAAAUGGCAAAUUUGGUUCGUAUUGGGCUGCGUUUGGCCAAUAAGGGUUUAUUUGCGAAAACAGAAGUUACGUCUUUGCGAUUUAUCAGCGGUAAAUUGUUGCGAUGCCAAGACGACAGGCCCCCGAAACCAGCCCCAUGGAACUACAAAGAAAAGUCGUACACGAUUUUAAAUUACUGGACUGACCGAACAACAUCACGGCUCGAUGAAAAUUCAAAAAUUGUGGUAGUUGAGGGUCCUGUAGCAGCUGGCAAGUCGAAAUUUGCUAAGGAAUUAGCCGAGGAGUUGGAUAUGUUGUACAUGCCUGAAGCGAACUUAGAUAUGGUUUAUAUAAACGAGUAUGGUUAUGAUUUGAGACAGUUGGAUGAGCAGUUGCCAGAAUCUUGUAGAAGUUUCGAUGUCAAAGAUUUUUUGCUUACGCCCAAACACAAAAACACUGCUGGUUUCCAAUUUCUUCAAUACCAUACAAAAUAUUCGCAAUAUAUCGACGCUUUGGCUCAUUUAUUGAGUACAGGACAAGGCAUUGUCCUUGAUAGGUGUUGCUUUUCAGAUUUUGUCUUUGUUGAAGCAAUGUAUAGUCAAGGAUAUUUGUCUAAAGGCGCCUACAAAGGUUAUUACGAAGUCCGCCAAAACACAAUUAAUGAGCUUCUGCGCCCGCAUUUAUUAAUUUAUUUGGACGUUCCUGUCAAUAAGGUUCAGGAAAAUAUCAAAAAGCGUGCCCUUCCUUUUGAAAAAAAUUCGCAAGUGUUGACGCCUCAAUAUUUAUCAGUCAUGGAAAAAGUUUACAAACAGAAGUACCUCAAAGAGUUGAGCAAACAUGCAGAACUUUUGAUUUACGAUUGGUCAGAUGGGGGCGAAGUUGAGAUCGUUGUGGAGGAUAUUGAGCGUAUCGAUUUUGAUAAUUACGAUCUUCAUGAUCCCAAAUGCAAAGAUUGGAGGAGACACACUGAGGAAGAUUGGGGCGCACUUAGAAACAAGUAUGCCGAUCACAAAGAUUCCUUGCAGAAUUAUUUCAAUGUUCCACUUCAUCACGUACCGGAAAUGGUGAUUGAUGCUGAAGACGCUAAGAUUUAUCACGAUAUUAUGAAUAAUGCACCUGGAGAGGUUUACCAGCCCGGCUUUAACGCCGAUAUGGGCGAUACGGGGGUACUUUUCAAAAUGUCGGGACACCAUCGUGAAACACUGCCUUUGAGAGAGAGGAACUUAGCGAAGUAAUUGUAAUAUAUUUAACUUGAGGAGAUGAAUAAAUUUGUUUUUAAGUAA